AUGUCGACCCUCGACCCCACCGCCAAAGCCAUCGCCAACCUGAGCAACGUCUUCGUGAAGGACACCAAGCUGACGCAAGUCCUGUCAACUCCGAGGCUCAGCGCUGAGGACAAGUCGGCGAUCGUAGCCGAGCUGGGCAAGCACACAGGUGCCAACGUUGCGACUGUCAAGAAUUUCCUUGAGACUCUCGCUGAGAACAACCGACUAGGUCACCUUCAGGGCGUGUGCGAGAAGUUUGGUGAGCUGAUGUCCGCCAAGCGGGGUGAAGUGGAGAUGACUAUUACGAGCGCCGAGCGUCUGGAUAACAAAACUCUUUCGCGACUAGAGACUGCUGUUUCUAAGUCCUCCUAUGUCGGCCAGGGCAAGAAGCUCAAGGUUACCAAUAAGGUCGACCCUGAGAUUGUUGGCGGACUCAUUGUCGCGGUCGGCGACCGAACCAUUGAUCUCAGCGUCUGCUCCCGCAUCGCCAAGAUGAACAAGCUCUUGACGGACAGCCUGUAA